CCAAUAAUUGAUUGGCAUGAUAUUGAUUUACAUUCACGUGAAUAUGCAUUUCUAAAAGAAAUUGGUGUACGUGAAGUACCUGAUUUACAAAAAUUAAUUGAUCGAAUUAUUGAAGAACAUAAUGAACAAAAGAAAAAAUCAAUUAAUGAAUAUAAAUUACCAAUAGGACUUAAAUUUUUAGCUGAAAAUUUUCAACAACAUUAUUCAAAAUUAUGGAAAACAGCAAAAAUUAAACGACCUUUUCUUCCAUCACUUUCACCAUCAAAAACUAUUAUAUUAUCAUUACCCGAAGAAGUUUUUAAAGAUGAAAGUCCAUUAUGUGCAACACUUUUAUCCAAUGUUAUUGAAUUAUUUGAAGAACAUUUUAAUAUAUCAUUACUUGGUGUUAAAGAUCGUCCAACAUUAACAGUAGCAUUUGAUAUUCUAAUGGAAAAAAAAGAAGAAAUACUUAAUGUAGAAACUGCACCAAAAAUUUUUGCUUAUAUGAAUCAACUCGAUGGUUUAAGUCGACCAUUAAUUGAACGUAUAUCAAAGCUUGCUUUUAUUCCUCUUGAAGGAAAUAAUUAUUUUAUGAAACCAUCACAAGUUUUUAUUCAUCCUGAUAAUUCAACAAUAGAAUCAUCAUCAAGAUUACGACAAAUACAUGUUAUUCUUCCAACAUCAUCUGAAAAUGAUGAUGAUGAUGAUGAUGAAAUAACACAAGCCAAUGGUAGUAGUCGUCGUCGCCGUCGUAAACGAAAUGUUAAAACAACACCAAAAAAUAAAAAAACUAAAACAAUAUCAUCAUCAUCAACUCCAUUAAUUAUGGAUGAUACAGAUAAAAGUGGUUUAAUUGAUUAUAUUGAUUAUGGUUUUGAAGGAAAUUCUUUUCUUCUUGGUAUUGGUGUACUUCAUCAUCCAUCUGCAAAUAUUUUAGCUGAAUUAUUAAUUGAUCGACAAGAAAAUUAUUUUAAAAAUUUAAAUUCAAAUAAUCCAGAUGAUUUACAACGAAAAUUACUUGCAUAUACAAGUUGUCUUCGACAACUUGCUAUUGCAGCUAAUACAACAAAUGAAUUACAAUCAACAUCAUUAAUAAAAAGAUUAAAAAAUGAAUCUUGGUGUUUAGGUUAUCAAGUUAUUGAAAAACGUUCAAAUAAUGAAAAACAACGUUUAUUUAAAAUUGUACCACCAAAUGAAAUUUAUCUUGAUGAUGAUCAUCAAUGUGCUAUUGAUCUUCGACCAUUAUUACCACCGGAUGAACCUGAAUUAACAAAAUUAUAUGAAAAAUUUGGUGCUUCAUGGUUAUCAGAAUGUGUAAAAAGAACUUUAGUACAUAAAGGAAAAAUUGCUACAUCAGAUCGAGGUAAUAAAUUACGUGAUUUAAUUCAAUAUCGUCUUGAUAUGUUAUUUGUUAAUAAUCGAGGUGAAAAAAUGGAAAAUCUUGAUGGAAAACAUGUUGAUAUGUUACGAACAAAUUUAUCUGUUUAUGAAGUUGAUGGUAUUCAAUGUCAAUUAACAUUUCAAAAAAAGACAAUUACACUUGAUUCAACUGAUAGUAGUUCAUGUGCACUUGAAUAUGAUAAAAAUAACGUUUCAUUAUAUUUUCAAAAACAUAUACGUGAAUUUGAUUAUAUUGAUAUUGCAAGUGAAUUAGCACGAUUUGUAUUUAAAAAACCACUUGAUACAAUUGUUCAUACAAUAAGUGAUAAACUUGCAUCACCAUUAGAAACACUUAAACGUCGUGGUGUACCUGUUGAUCGUUUAUUACAACAUAAUCAACAAAAUAUUCGUUCAACAAUUCAAAUGUUUCAACAAAAAUCUGAUUUUAAUCAUAAUGAUAAUAAUCAUUAUCAUGAAAGUUAUGUUGAAAUGACUGGUCGUAUAGAAGAUUUUAAUCGACAACAAACUAAAGAUGAUGCAAAAUUAUUUUCAAUGUUAAAAAAAGGUCGUGCAUAUACACAAACAAAAUUUAUUCAACAAGAACAUGUUAAAGAUGAUAUUGAUCAUUCAUGUGAAGCUGUACCAUCAGCUAAUAUGACACGUUAUAAAGAUUUAUUUCAUUCAAUACCAUUAUAUAUUGAACGAAAUGUUCUUAUUACAAAUAAAAUGCUCGAUCAAGCUAAACAAUUAGCAUGGGUUUUAAUAGGACUUGCUAAUCAUGUUUUUAAAAUACCUAUUGAAACAUUACAUCUUUAUCGAGAUAUUGAUGGAGCUCGAAUUGCAUUUAAUGAUCGUCGUGCAUUAUUUUAUAAUCUUCGUUAUUAUGAACAAGUUUUUGCUGAUAAAGUUCAACCAUAUUUACAAGUAACAUCACCAUCAAUACCAAUAAUACAUACUAUUGUUAAUUUUUAUUUUAUAUUAACAUGUCAUGAACUUGCACAUAAUCUUGAAAUGGCACAUAAUUCAAAUUUUAUUAAUCAUUUAGAAACAAUAGCAGUUAAAUUUAUGACUGAAAAAGAUUUAUUUCUACAACAAUUUUCAUUUCAAAAUUAUAUAUAA